CACGGUUGUGAGUAUUAAGUAUUGUCAUUCUCAAAAAUGACAAUGGGUCAUUUGUUUCGUUCUUUGAUUAUCAUCUGCUUGGCUAUUCAGCUUUGUAAUGGAACAUGUUACUGGAGCAAACCAAAACAUAAAAGGGUAUCUAUCAAAUCAUGCUCAACUAGUAGUUCUUUUUCAACUACUGUUAAAAAUUCAUCGAAAUUCAAUGCUUUAAAUUCAAAGAAUAAAAUUGAAGAACUUGAAAAAGAUCUUGAAAAAAUUAAAAAAAACUCUUUAGAAGACAGCAGCGAAUACAAUGAUGAAAGUUGUGAAGACUUAAAUUACAGAGAUAUUCAGUCAACACGAAAACUACAAAGCUCUAUGCAAAGUCGUACUCUUUCAAAAAAAAUUAAGAAAACAUUUAAGAAAACGGCUAAAAAGAUCUUAAGAAAAAAAAUUAUUCCUUUAAUUGCGAACAAAGUUAUUGAGUCUGCUACGACAAGAUCUAUUAAUAACGGCUUUCAACAAUCAUUACAGAAAAAUCUGCAAAGUAGUAGUGCAACAAUUACGUGGGGAACAAGGACCGUGGGUGUUAACGGAAACAUAUUUUUGUCUAUACCAAAAGGAUACGUGGCAAACACAGUGUCAACCACAACAACUAGUUUAUUAACUGAACAAGAAGCUAUUCAAUUAGGACUCUUGAGUAAUACAUUAAUAAGUGGAAGUCAAACAUAUUCGUCUUAUCAAAAUGGUAGACAAUUCAGUACAUCUGGUAGCAGUACUAGUAGAUCUAUCAAUAGCCAAAUGUCUCAAGUCCAAAACAAUGAAAAUGGAUAUUAUUUAAAUAAUAAUUCACAGGAUACCGUAAGGUCAAACGGUUUAAAAAGUAUUAAUGAAAAUUCACAACAGUAUAGCAAAUACACAUCAGAAUAUAAUGAUAUGAGUAAUAAUAAUCAACAAUAUAAUGAUAGACAAGAUAUGGAUAAUUUGUAUCGAUUAAAAAAAACUAAUUCAUUGCAACGUAAAAUUGAUCAACUUAAAACAUCAAAUACUAUUGAAAAUACCAAUGAAGUCAAUCAUAAAAAUAAUAUAAUAAUUAAUGAUAUAGAAAAUAACCAAAAAACAGGUACUAGAAAUGUCAAAAUUUCCGAACAAAAUGAAUUUACAUCAAAUAAUAAGAAUCAAAUAAACAGUAAUACAAAUAACUUAAGUAAAACAGCUGAGUCGAAAAAUAUGGAAAAAUAUAGCACUUCUUAUAGACGUGAUAUUAAUAAAUUAGAUGAAUCAGAUGAAUCAAAAUCUUCCAAAGACGAUAAUAGUGACGAAAAUGAUAAGUUAACAUCAAUUAUUAAAGAAACUGUAGAUAAUGAAAAUAACUAUGAAAAUAAUAAAAUCGUGAAUAAUGAUAAUAAAAAUGAUAAAUCUGUUGACAAUGAUGAUAGUGAAGAAGAAGAAGAAGAAUCGGAAGACGAAGUAUCAGUGUAUGAAUAUUUGAAUACAUAUCAGAAGUUCAGAUUUGAUAGUGGUCUUAAUGCAGUUGGUAUAAUAGGAGAAGUCUUAAAUCAAUUAGAUUAUCAACGUUUUAAACUUAUGGAUGAUAUUAUAUAUCCACAAGACUCUACGCGUUAUGUCAUAAACGAUGAAACGUUCGAUUUUAUCAUAGUUGGUGGUGGUAAUGCGGGAUGCGUUCUAGCGAAUAGACUAUCUGAAAAUAUCAAAUGGAAAAUAUUAUUAAUUGAAGCAGGUGGAGACCCCUUCCCUGUAACUCAAAUUCCUAAUUUAUGGGAUAGGACAUUAAACAGUGUUGCAGACUGGCAAUACAAAAUACAACCAGAUUAUACAACUGGAUUUGGAAUUACAGGUUAUAUGAAGCUAAAUAAAGGAAAAUGUCUAGGAGGAAGUAGUACUACUAGUCCUCAAAUGUAUGUUAGAGGAAGUGAAAAAGUCUAUAAUUUACUUGUUAAAAAAGGUUUGAAGAAUUGGUCAUACAAUACGACGGAGACUUACUUUAAAAACGUUGAAAAAAUCCGUUCGGUUACAAAAACUGUAACAAACACUACUAUUUAUGGAAAAUGUGGACAUAUCCCGGUGACCAAUUUCCGAAAAACUGAAGUGAGCGUUUUGGAAAAAGUUGUAUGUUCUGGUUUUGAACAUAUCGGUUAUAAAAAAGAAAGUGAUAUCAAUGAAAAAGACAUUGAAGUUGGAUUUGUUUCAAUGCAAGGAAUAACUAAGAAUGGCAGGUCUAUAAACACUGCUAAGGCAUAUUUAACCCCAGUUUUCGGACGUGUAAACUUAAAAGUUAUGAAAUACUCUAGAGUUACAAAGGUUUUAGUAGAUAAAACAGCAAUGAAGGCGACCGGAGUUGAAGUACAGACGAAAUUCGGUCAAACUCUUACACUGAAAACCAACAUGGAAGUCUUACUUAGUGCUGGAGCUGUUGGUUCUGCUCAGAUAUUGUUGGCUUCAGGUAUUGGACCUAAAAAACAUUUGUCCGAAAUGGAAGUCCCAGUGGUCAAAGAUUUAAAUGUAGGACAAAAUUUCUUAAUUACUCCAGUGUUUACUGGUUUUGUUAUGUCCUACGAUAAACCAAUAGUAUGCAAUGAAACAGAAGAAGAAACCGCGUUCAAGUAUUUGUCUAGACAUUCAGGACUUUUAAGUAGACCAAACGGUAUGAGCUUUGGUGGAUUCAUAAGAACUAGUUUGUCUGAAUCUUCAUUCGCUGAUAUUGAGGUUCAUCAAUAUUACAUUCCUAAAAAUACUUAUUCAAAAUUAUGUCAACUAAAAUCAAUGUUUGGAUUUAGUGAUACAUUGUUAUCGGUGUAUGCUAAAUUGAAUUACGAACGUGCUAUAUCUAUUUUUACAAUAGCUCUGAUAAACACGAAAAGUACCGGUAAAAUUCUUUUAAGAAGUAAGAACCCAUCGGACAGUCCGAUUAUUGUUGGCAAUAUGUUGACGGAGAAGAAUGAUGUAAAAAGUUUCCUUGAAGCCAUUCAAAUACUAUCCAAAAUUGAAAAAUCUGAUGGGAUGAAGUUAGUAAAUGCAAAGUUAGAAGAUAUUGAUCUUGACGGAUGUGCAAAGCAUAAUAAAAAGACCAAUGAGCACUGGGAAUGCUUACUAAAAUACAUGAUGUCUACAACAUCGAGUACUGCCGGAUCGUGUCGUAUGGGAAUUGAAACUGACAAAAAUGCUGUUGUUGAUAGUGAACUGAACGUGAUUGGUAUUUCUAAUUUACGAGUAAUAGGUCGAUCAGUUAUGCCAAUGAUUACUAGUGCCUACAGUCAUGCUCCUUGUAUCAUGAUCGCUGAAAGAGCGUGUAGUAUGAUAAAAAGUAAAUACAACUAAGAACUAAACUACUCGAUUAAAUAUUGUUUUUAAAAUUUAAAGCAUUGUUGUGUUUACAUUAUUACUAUAUUCAUUAAAAAUAAGUAGGA